UCCAUCUGCGAAAGAAAUCAUAGAUCGCGUGGUCUCGAAGGAGAGAGGAGAUAAGGAAGAAGACAAUCGAAGACGCCGCAGAUAAUCAUGGGUGUUCCGAUGGAGAAGGAUCCGAGAGAAGAAAUCAUCCAGGCUUGGUACAUGGAUGAUAGCAAUGAGGACCAGAGGCUUCCCCAUCAUAAGGAACCUAAGGAAUUCGUAUCUCUGGACAAACUUGCCGAGCUUGGAGUAGUUAGCUGGAGGUUGGAUGCUGAUAACUAUGAAACGGAUGAGGAACUGAAAAAGAUCCGUGAAGCUCGCGGUUACUCCUACAUGGACUUUUGCGAGGUUUGCCCUGAAAAGCUUCCAAAUUACGAGGAGAAAAUUAAGAACUUUUUCGAAGAACAUUUGCAUACUGAUGAAGAGAUCCGCUACUGCGUUGCAGGAAGUGGUUAUUUUGAUGUCAGGGACCGGAAUGAUGCAUGGAUCCGAAUUUGGGUAAAGAAGGGGGCGAUGAUAGUCUUGCCUGCUGGAAUAUACCAUCGCUUCACAUUGGAUUCAGACAACUAUAUCAAGGCAAUGCGUCUGUUCGUGGGUGACCCGGUUUGGACACCAUUCAAUCGCCCUCAUGACCAUCUUCCUGCAAGGAAAGAGUACGUCGACAGUUUCCUGAAGGAGGCUGGGGGUAACGCCAUCGAUGCCUCGGCUUAGAGGGCUUUGUCGGAUUUAUCGGUUUGUAUAAGUAAAAAACAUAUGCAAUAAAGAGAGGAGGAAGCGUUAUCUCCUUGCAUGCAAAAUGGUCAUGCAUUGUACGAAGAAUGGACUUCUUCUGCAUGUUGUGUAGUUUUCACUUCGUGUGUCUUUACUUUAGGGUCUUUGAUCCUUUGACCAUUCGACUUCCGUUCUUGAUAAAGCUAGUUUACGAAA